AUGCGGGGUCUUCCCCAGGGCCCCCCCGUUGAUGUAUUUGCUUUUGGCAUCGUUCUGUACGAGUUGGCUGCUGAGGCGCUACCCUACCUCCGACCGAGAGACACCCCCUUGCACCAGCCCCAGCAGGAGCACCAGCAACAUAUAGAUCGGACGAAUGUUUGGCUGCCUCCUCCCGGAGACAUAUGCGCCGCAGUGCUCAGAGGGGAACGACCAGACGAGCGUUUGAUUUUGCCCAUGUGUCCGCCCGUACUGCGGAACUUGAUGCGCCGUUGCUGGGCUGAGGAUCCCUGGGAGCGGCCGACGUUCGCUGAGGUCGUUGAAGAACUCAAGGCGGCUUUACAAACAUCCUAA